CGGGAGCCGCGCGGUGGCCGCCCGGUGCCUGGUAAACCUGGGGCCUCCCCCGCCGCACGCCAUGUCCCGCUUCUACCAGGCACUUGGCCGUGCCGCCGGUGGCCGGGGGGGCAGUCCGGGCCCGGAGGAGGCCGACGUUUACCGGUGGGGUCUGACAGGCAUUAAGCUUCGUCCCUAUCAAGUAGAAGGUGUAAAAUGGAUGGUGCAAUGCUACAAAGUCCAGCACGGCUGUAUCCUGGGCGAUGAGAUGGGUCUUGGGAAGACGUGUCAGACUAUUUCUCUACUACUUUACUUGACAAAAGAAGUAACAAACAAAGAGAAAUUUCUGAUACUUUGUCCUCUCUCGGUUCUGAGCAACUGGAAGGAGGAACUGGAGCGAUUUGCUCCAGGUCUUUCCUUUGUGACAUACGUAGGCAGCAAGGAGGAACGACCCAAACUGCAGCAGAACCUGAAAGAACAAUCUCACUUCCAUGCGGUCCUGACAACAUACGAGAUUUGUCUGAAAGAUGCGGCGUUUCUAAAGUUCUUUAACUGGGCUGCCUUGGUUGUAGACGAAGCUCACAGACUGAAAAAUCAAAGUUCUCUGCUUUACAAGACGCUUUCUGAGUUCUCAGUAGGCUUCAGCCUGCUGCUCACAGGCACUCCAAUUCAGAACAGCCUCCAGGAACUGUACUCCUUACUCAGCCUUGUUGAACCUGUCAUCUUUCCUAGGGAACAAGCAAAAGAGUUUGUUGACUAUUACCAAGCGAUUGAAAAGGAGAGUGAGCCAGCCAAAGAACUGCACAGUCUUCUGCAGCCAUUUUUGCUUCGAAGAGUCAAAUCUGAGGUGGCUGCAGAGCUGCCAAAGAAGGUGGAAGUGGUUCUAUACCAUGGAAUGUCAGCUCUGCAGAGAAAGUACUACAAGGCCAUUUUGAUGAAAGAUCUAGACGCAUUUGAAAGUGAAACAGGAAGGAAGGUUACACUUCAGAAUGUCUUGAUUCAGCUUCGAAAGUGUGUUGCCCACCCGUACCUCUUCAAUGGUGUUGAGCCAGAACCCUUUGAGAUUGGAGAUCAUAUUGUUGAAGCCAGUGGCAAGCUGUGCUUGUUGGAUAAACUCCUUUCAUUCUUGUAUGCUGGUGGCCACCGUGUCUUGCUCUUCUCUCAGAUGACUCAACUGCUUGAUAUCCUGCAAGACUACAUGGACUAUAGAGGCUACAGCUACGAGCGGCUGGACGGUUCUGUUAGGGGUGAAGAGAGACACCUUGCCAUUAAGAACUUUGGUCAACAGCCCGUCUUCAUCUUCCUGCUGAGCACCAGAGCAGGUGGAGUUGGCAUGAACCUGACAGCAGCAGAUACAGUUAUUUUCACCGAUAGUGAUUUUAACCCACAAAAUGACCUGCAAGCAAUAGCAAGAGCUCACCGGAUUGGGCAGAACAAGCCUGUAAAAAUUAUCCGCUUGAUUGGGCGAGAUACAAUUGAAGAAAUAAUCUACCGAAGAGCUGCCUCUAAGCUCCGGCUGACAAAUGCCAUUGUAGAAGGGGGUCACUUUGCUCUGGGAGCACCCAAGCCUCAGGGAGCAGCGGAGUUACAGCUGAGCGAAAUCCUGAAAUUUGGCUUGGAUAAAUUGCUCUCCUCUGAGGGGAGUACUAUACAGGAUGUGGAACUGGAAAACAUCCUUGGAGAGACAAAAGAAGGGAAGUGGGUAAUGGAUGUUGUGCUCCCACACAAAGAAGAGAGUGAAGAGGAGGAUACAGAGAAGAACCAUUAA